UGUCAUUUUUUCUUUACAACAGUAAGACAGCAACAGUGAAUCCGAAAUUUUUUUACUCCAAUCAAGUUGUGUAUGUAUAACAAAGAAAGUGACUUUUUAUGUUCAAAGUGAAUGAUUCAUUAAUAAAAGUCUAUCGAAAAAUUGGUGGUUUUCAACAAUAAAAGUCUAAACAUGAAUGGAUUGUGAAAUAAAUGCGGAAGUUACGAUUUAAUCAAAUUUCACUUCACACUAAACAGAUUUAUACUGGAUAGCAAUUACUGGGUGGUGCUGUAAAAUAAUACAGCACAAUAUUAAUUGUAAACAUGAGUAAGAUGUAUUCAACAGCUAAUUUAACAGAUAAAGAAUUGAAAGAGCAGGGUAAUCGUUUAUUUGGUCUUCACAAAUACGAAGAUGCAGCCAAUUGUUAUUCUAAAGCCAUUAUCAAAAAUCCAACUCAAGCUCAAUACUUUACAAAUCGAGCACUUUGUCAUCUCAAACUCAAACGAUGGGAUUCAUCCUGCCAAGAUUGUCGACGUGCACUAGAUAUAGAUCCAUGUUUAGUAAAAGGACACUUUUUUUUAGGCUUAGCUCUUUUAGAGUUGGAGUCAUUUGAUGAGGCAAUAAAACAUCUACAACGUGCUGUCGAUUUAGCUAAAGAACAGAAGCUUAAUUAUGGUGAUGACAUGACUAGUGCUCUACGACAAGCACGUAAAAAACGUUUUCAAUUGCGAGAAGAGCAACGACUUGCUCAAGACAUAGAACUACAGACAUAUCUAAAUCAAUUAAUUCUUGAGGAUGCUGAACGAAAAUUAACAGCUCUUAACGAACAAAAUAAAUCUAAUAUCGAAAUUAGAAGUUCAGCUGAUCAUGAGGAGUCGACUGAAUCAAAUAAAGUAUGCGAUUCUGAUUCAUUAUCGGCAGCUCAAGCUUUUUCAGCAGCAAGAGAAGAAAUUGAAAACAAAAAGGAAACUUCGAUUGUACGUCUGAAUGACCUUUUUGCUAAAGUUGAUGAAAGACGACGAAAACGAGAUGUCCCUGAUUAUUUAUGUGGAAAAAUUAGUUUUGAAAUUCUCCAAGAACCUGUAAUUACACCCAGUGGAAUAACAUAUGAACGUAAAGACAUUGAAGAACAUCUACAACGAGUUGGUCAUUUCGAUCCUGUCACUCGAGUUCGGCUUACGCAAGAUCAAUUGAUUCCAAAUUUGGCCAUGAAAGAAGUAGUCGAUGCAUUUUUGCUAGAAAAUGAAUGGGCUUUAGAUUAUUAAUAAAUUAAUUUGUUAUAUUUUAAUACGAUUUAUCUCGCUGCAUUAUUAAACGAAGGAUCGAUAAGCUCGGUCUCAUGUAAUUUCAUCUGCAUGCGUUCACAAUACUUGGAUCAAAUUCUAUCAUUUGACCUCAGACAUAUGUAAAAUAUACUAUA